AUGGCUCAAAUUCAUUAAAUUUAACAGUUUAGAUAAAAGUGGAAAUUAGAAACAAAAAUUUUUAAAAUAUAAAUAUUUCAAAAAUACUUCUUUAGUGGGAGGGAUUUUUUUAGUUGCAAUUUAUAUAAAUCCUAACUUUAAAAUUUAGAUAUAAGUGGCAUUAAUUUAAAUGAAGCUUUAUUAUUUAAUUGUAAAUGGAAGAACAUUAAAAACCAUGAAUUGAAUAAACUGGAUGGUCAUAGUGUAUAUGUCUACUCAGUCUGUUUCUCUCCUGAUGGAAAUAUAUUUGCUUCUGGUAAUGGUGAUAAGUCUAUCCGUCUAUGGGAUGUCAAAACAGGAUAAUAAAAAGCCAAAUUAGAUGGUCAUACUAGUACUGUCUAGUCAGUCUGUUUUUCUCCUGAUGGAAAUACAUUAGCUUCUGGUAGUAGAGAUGAGUCUAUGGCAUAUCAAAAACAAGUAUUUUUCAAAUUAUAGAUUUAAAGAAAUUUAGGUUAAAAAUGCAAGAUAUCCUUUUUUUAACACCUUUUUGCAGUAAAAGAAUAUUAUAUAAAAUUUAGAUACAUUAAAUAUAAUGGUUUACCCAGACUUCAAUUCUGUAUAAGUUUGAGAGAGUUUUUUAAAAACAACCCUUUCCGUUUAAGAGAAUUAUUGGAGUAACACUUGAUUAAUUGAAAAACUAACCUAUAUUAACCCUUAAUUUAAAUCUAUUUUAAUAUACUUCUUGUGUCCAAUAUUUGUUGAUAGAGUUCUAUUUUAUAGUUUUUUUCUUUUUUAACAAUCUUGAAGCAUUACUAAAAUGGAAAUUUAGCACAUUUUAAAAUAUUAUGAAAUAGAACUUUUAGUUGCAUGAAUGCAAUAAUAUCUUAAAUCUUUGUAUACU